GGCUGGGACCGGCCAGCGGUCAGCUCCAGAGGCCACACAGCGGGGAGCCCUGGCGCCCAGCUGGGCUCCUGCUCACAAAGGCUGGCUGUUCCUUUGCAGCUUGGGCAGCGAGGCCAUCUGUGACACCUUCUGGCCUCUGUGCCCCCAGGGAACCCUGGCUGGCCUGACGCAGAGGGGACUCCGCAGGACUUGGCAGAUGCUCAUAGGUCCUGCUCCCCACCCCACCCUCUGCCGAGGCCUCGGUCCUCCCAGAAGCCCCUCGAGAGUGGACCCAGCCUUCCAGGACACCACAGGGUGCAGGAGAGGAGAAGGAGUUGGAAAAGUUAGCAAGGACCAGAUAUGGAGCAGGGAGGGCUGGGCCAAGAGUCACCUGGGCCGGCUGCAGAUCCUGGCCCAGGCGGAACCAGUGAUCAUCUAGCUGGUGGGGGAGGGGCCCAUGGGGUGGGGACCCUGGGGCAGCCCCUCUAGGGACUGACAAUGAGUCUUUCCCAGGAACCCCGGCAACAGAGGGGCCUACCAGUGAGGUCACAGAGCCCCGUGAUGCCCUCAGGGAAGACAGCCAGGAGACUCUCAUGAAUUUUGACCAGAAAGCUGUGAAAUUCCUGGCAAAUUUUUACAUCAACGGAGGCAAACACUGGACCCAUGGGCCCCUGGGGCCGAUGCCGCCAGAGCCCAUCCAGCCCAAGCCAUCCGUGCUAUUGUUGGGCCUGGAGCCAGCGCUGGCCUGGAAUGAGACGUGGCCCCCAAGGAUGAAGAAGUGCCCAGCUGGCCUCAGGUUACAGAUGGGCGCCCCCAAGAAUUCCCUGCCCAUCUGCACUCAGACCCUUAGGGAGCUGCUGCUGGAGCAACGCCCCCCGAUCAGGACUGACCUGGACGUCCCCAGCCCUGCCAGGUACCAGCUGCCAAGCCCGUCUGUGCGAGAGUUCUCCCCACACCCCCACCACAGCAUUGGCCGAAAAUACCAGGGCCGAGGUGUGUGUCCCCUCCCUGGGGCCCAACCACUGGGCCUGUCCCCUUCCUGGGAAUGGGGGCCUCAACCUCUGCAGUGGAACCCCCAUGGCCUGAGGCCCUUCCACCCCACUACAGAGGGCGGUGGGCGCAGGGCAUGGCAGACGGUGUGGUGCCAGAGUGAAAGCCCCUUCACACAGAAGGCCGACUUCAAUCAAGAGCAAAAGUGGCCCUCGCCAGCCGACUACCAGCCGCUCAGCCGGCCUGCUUUCCCCGCCUUCAGCUUCAGGGGCUGCCACCCUGCCACCAAGACACCUGAAGGCCACACCCGCCCUGGGCUGCCUCAGGCCAGGGGGUUGGGUCUCCGGGCGCAGCCCCAGUGCCUGCUCCAGGCCUCUUUGCAGGCACCUGGCAAGAGGCACCCUGGCCCCAACACCUACAACACUCUUCCUGGGAGCCGCCUGCGGAGCCCACGCCCGCCGGCCUUCUCCAUGAGCCGCUCCCCGGUGUUCCCCUCCUGGCUCAGUGGCUCCCAAACCCCCGGCCCGGCUGCCUACCACGUGGAGGACUGCUACAACUCUCGCUUCCCCUCAGCACCUGGCGUGGUCAUCCAGGGUGUGCGCAGACCCAAGCGACACGACACCGGCCCCUUCUGCACGCUCUAGAGCCCGCUGGGCAGAGCCAGCUUGGCCCGGCCAACGAGCGGAACCCUGGCCUCUCCUGGGGCUUUCCUAGGCCUCCCCGGGGACCUCGGCGUCCCAGCCUGGCCUCUGACCCUCUGGGCACCCCUGGUGCACCCUGCUGGCUGGCCAACCCUUCUAUGGACUGUGGACAAGGUCAGCCUAGCCUGGAGCCCCCAUCUGCCCACGCCCCGCUAUACAGAGAUGCUGUGGGUUCUCCCAUG